AUGCCAACCCAAGUGAGCUCAUCGAUCCCUUUAAUGGUCGAGAAGAAACUUUCCGAAAUGGUGAAACCCUCAAAAUCCAUACCUUAUCAAAUCCUUUCCCUCUCAACACUUGACAAUGAUCCUUUCGAUGAAGUUACUUACAAGAUGUGUUACGUUUUCAAACCCAAGAACGUUGAUGAUGAUGACCGACCGGAAUCUCUGCUUAGGGAGGCUUUGUCCGAUCUUCUCGGCUACUACUACCCGCUUUCAGGGAGUUUGAAGCGUAAGGAGAGUGAUCGGAAGCUUCAGGUAAGCUGUGGCGGCGAUGAGGGCGGCGUGGCGUUCACGCAGGCUACUGCAAAUGUGGAACUCUCUUCUUUGGAGAAUCUAGAGAACAUUGACUUAGAUACGGCCUUGAAGUUCUUGCCUGAGCUUCAAGAGGACAAAGAUGGUUAUCGACCUUUUGCUUUGCAGGUGACCAAAUUCGUGUGUGGAGGAUUCGUGUUAGGAAUAGCUUCAUCGCAUGCAAUGUUUGAUGGAUAUGGCCUGGGUCAUACCAUGUGUGCCUUGGCGGAGUUGGCUGGCGAGCACAAAAAACUGACGGUGACACCGAUUUGGGAAAGAGAGAGACUUGUGGGGAAGCCUGAAAUCGAUCGACCUCCCUUUGUUCCCGGUGGAGCCACGGCUGCUUCGCCCUACUUACCUACCGAUGAUUGGGUAACUGAAAAAAUAAAUAUCAGAGCCGGGAGCAUAAGAAGAUUGAAAGAAGCUGCAUUGGAAGUGUAUGACUUCUCUAACGAGACACCCACUACUUUCGAAGUUUUAAGUGCUUAUUUAUGGAAGUCAAGAGUCAAAGCUCUAAAUCUUAAUAAAGAUGGAGUCACAGUUUUGGUUUUUUGCGUGGGAAUCCGAAACGCUGUGGAUCCUCCUUUGCCCGACGGAUAUUACGGCAAUGCGCACAAAUUAAUUUGGAACAGAGCAAUUCUUCUCUGUAUCCCAAUUAUUUCCUUCAAGAUACGCUCACACAUAGUUAUCGCCAAAAUAGUAUUCUAUGGAUUGUGA